UUAGUUUGUUUACAAAAUGGCUACAAAGACAAACAAGCCUGUCGGCUGUCAUUUCUAAAAUUUUGAAUAAUCUGUGGUUGUCAAUUUUAGCUGUGUAGCCAUUGAAUCUUAAAAAUUACUUUACUUCUUAUUAAUCAAAGAAUUAUUGAAUAAUCAAUCGUUCAAAAUGACGAUCGGGAAGAAUAAUAAAAUGCAACAGCAUAUAAAUUAUAGAGUAAGGGUAAUAUUACAAGAUUCACGAACGUUCAUUGGAACUUUUAAGGCAUUCGACAAACACAUGAAUCUUAUUCUGGGAGACUGCGAAGAAUUCAGAAAAAUUAAAUCCAAAAACAGCAAAACUGCUGAUAGAGAAGAAAAAAGAACAUUAGGGUUUGUUUUACUUCGCGGAGAAAAUAUAGUCUCCUUGACUAUUGAAGGCCCUCCUCCACCGGAAGAAGGACUACCUCGAGUACCAAUACCGGGUGCAAUUGGAGGUCCUGGAGGUGGUCGUGCAGCAGGCCGUGGAGCUGGCCCUGCUGGUGCUCCACCUGGCUUACAAGGCCCCGCUAGAGGUGUUGGUGGCCCAUCACAACAGCAUAUGGCUCCAGGUUCCCGGGGACAAUUAUCAGCACCGCCUCAAAUGCGAGGAGGCCCCAUGAUGGGUGGACCUCCACCAGGCAUGAUGGGAGCUCCUCCUGGAAUGGGCCGUGGAGGCCCUGGUGGCCGAGGUCCUCCUGGCAUGCGGCGUUAUUAAAAUUAUUUGAUGUGUGAUACCGCAAUAUGUGAAUUAAUAUCUUCAAAUGAAAACUGACCAAUGUGUGUUAAGCUAAUUAGUGAUAAUUACAUAUUAAAAUUGAUUACAGUGAUGUCUCGUAAAAGUAUUUCUAUCACAUGUUUCAAGCAGUUGAAAUAAUAAUUGUCCUAUCUUCUAUACUCUUAACACAAAUUUAUUCAUAUGAUGUUUACAAUUUUUGUGUUGGUGUUGAGUCAUUUUUUAUUUUUGACAAUAGUGUUAUCAGGGUAUAAACAGAUAGGUGUUAGCUAACAACAAAACCAUGUCAACGUUUAUGAGAAUAUGCAAGCAGUGUUACAAAAGUUGUAACCUGCUACCCCAAGUGUAUUAUUAUAGUAGCCUGGUACAGCAGUGUUUUUUUAAAUACCAGUCAAUAAAUGUGAUGUUACAUCACCAAAGCCUCAAA